AUGCGCUCCAUCAUCAAAAUCUUAGGAAUAUGGUCUAGUAUAUCAAGACAAUUUAAACAUAUACAGAUCAAUCUCGCAGCGCAGUUGGACUCCGCUAGUGCUAAUACUCAUUCUGAGCAGACAGUUAGUGAAAAUUCAAGCGAUCGUUUUGGAGAAGAACUUCAAAGAUCAGAGGCUAAUAUUAGGAAUACCUUUGAUUUGAAGUAUUUUGAAUCGGUUUUAUCUUUUGACCAACUGAAUGAAUACAAGUGGGAUAAGUUGGUUGAUUCAUGCAGUUCAGUGCAGCGUAAAAGGCCUAAGAUUUUCAACAGAAAUAUUGGACUCAAGAAAAAUUUAGAUUUGGAUUUUUUGGGGAGACCGAAAGAAGAAUUGAGUGGUAACCGAAUUUUCGAAAGUUAG